AAUGGAAACCGCUUGGUCCAACAUCCUAAACUAUAAGAAUGUCUCAGAUCGAUACAUUCUCACUGAAAAAGAUAAAAAAGGUGCGUUCACUAGACAGUACUUUGAAGUCUACGAAGCUCGCUUGAAGGAACUGAAACCUCGUAUUUUGGAAAAUGCAGAACGUGAAAUUGGCAAGGGAAAAUUCACGCAUUCACAAUUGAGCGAUGCUAAACAAGACGAGGAAAUCUUCGUGGUCGGCGUUAUUGUAAAGAGAAUAGCUGCAAGACCAUCAAUUUUGAAAUCGUUGCUCAACGAGGAUAAAGUGGCUUAUGAUGAUUAUGAAGAAGAUGCCGAAGAAGACGAAGUGAAAAGAUACGCUGGAAGCAUUGAAGAUCGAAUCGAAUUGGAAUCAGAUAAACAGACAGUACGUCUGGAAGGAAAUAUUUCAAUGGAUGAGUGUGCAACUGGUUGUUGUGUUGGAGUUCUUGGAAAAUUAGGAAAAGAAGGAGUAUUUCAUGUGAAUCGUUUGGUUUGGCCAUCUGUAAAAGUUCCAAAGAAAGUGGCUGUCGACGGGACUAUCGCUUUCGUCAGUGGACUCGAUCUAACUGGAGAUUUGGAAGACGAUCGACUCACAAUCUCUGGUCUUGAAUUUAUGGCUGAUUGGAUGAAUGUUCAAGUUGGAAAUGAGAAUCAAUGUCCACCGAUUGAUCGUCUUGUAGUUAUUGGUCCACUGGUUGAAACAAAAUCAAAUGGUUGUGAUGUUCAGUCAGUCGUUCGAACACUUACUCUUUCACGUGCAGAGAAACAUUCUUCAACAGCAUCACUAAUUACUGUAGACAAAAUUAUUAAUUCAAUUGCUGAAAAACCUCUUGUUAACACUGUCGACGUGACUCCUGGUGUUGGUGAUCCAUGCUCAUCGAUGUGGCCACUGCCACCUAUUCACAGAGUUUGUCUUCCACGUUGUGGAAUGAGUGAUAAAAAAGUGAAUCUUGUGACAAAUCCAUAUGAAUUUGAAGUCAAUGGACUACGUGUGAUGACAAUGUCUGGCGAAAACGUGAGCGAGCUUCUUCGUACUUCCCUGAAAUGGACGGGAGCUGAUGCUAUUGAGAAUAUCAUUAAAUGGCAACAUGUGGCACCAAAUUGUCCAGAUACUCUUGAUGCAUUCCCAGUGGCUGAAAGAGAUCCUCUGAUCAUGGACAUCACACCGCAUGUGAUCAUUUGUGGAAAUCAACCUCACGCCGAGUUCCGUCAUAUUCCAAUUGAUGGAUCAAAUUGCCUUGUUGUUUGCCUGCCCAAAUUCUCCAAAACUCGUGUCGCCUGCUUUCUCAACUUAUCUGAUCUUUCCCUGAAGUGGCAAAACUUUGAUCAUCAGUUCUAAUUAUUUUAUGCGUGUUCACAUUCAAAAUUCACAUUUUGUUGAAUUAUCCAGUUAUUACUCCAUUUUUUGUACUGUUUUACGUUAAAUAUUUUACCAAAUACGAUUUAUUGUAUCUUUAAACGUUAAUUUCCAAUAAAAAACGAGGAUAGGCUCAUUAAAGU